AUGUGCGCUGCACGAAUUGUCAGCUUGUCCAUCUUGAAUGGUUUCCUUAGCACGUUCGGAAGUGUCAUGAACUUCACAGUUGCCUUCGUGAUCUUCAAGAACAAAGAUUUACGAAAGGGUCUAAACCUUUUAAUUUUGAGUCUGUCCUUGGCGGAUCUUCUGACCAACGUCUUGGCCCAGCCAAUGUACAUUUACUUGCUCGUCAACGAAAAGGAAAAAAAUCUUAAGGCGCUGAAUAAAGUCUUCCAAUUUUUUGCCUUCCUGAGUCUGCACGCGUCAACCAACAACCUUGCCGCCAUAACUCUGUACCGGUUAAGAGCUCUCGCCCGGCUUUUCAGACACAUCAUUCUUAUAACGAGAAAACAAGCGUGGAUUGUUAUUGUAAUAGUUUGGAUGUUAGCUGGAAUUAUGGCUUUUGUUUUCGAUAUGGAGCCAGGAAAAUCGGCCGCCCCAUUUCUUCACCUAGCGGUGAUUCUAGCGUGGAUUGGAAGCUAUGUCGGUAUUUUCUGGCUUGUGCGCAAACACAAGCGAAGGAUUAUGUCUAAGGAGGGAAUUCCAUCAAGUCCUUUCAUGAUGGCAAACUUGAAAUACGAAAGCGAGGCAGCUAAAACCUCUGCCAUUUUAGUUGGUACUUCUCUAAUCUGUUUCUUCCCAGACGUGGUGUUUGAGCUCCUCGGAAAAGCCGAUGAAGUCAGAUUAUUGUGGUGUUACACUCUGCUUUUUACUGGUGCUGUUAUAAAUCCGUGUGUUUUUGUCUGCAGGAGUCAGCAAUUCAGAGCCGCAUUUCGAAAAACUUUUCAAUGUUUGUGA